AUGCCGGAAUUCAUUAGCGUCACUUUCCCCAACGAGUCCACCGAGCUCGCACCUAUCCCCGGUGCACCAAUUGAUCCCGAGUAUCUCGUUCGCUAUGCUCGAUCUCUAGAUGAUUUCGGAUACAACUAUACAUUGGUGCCAUAUGGCUCAUCAUCCUUCGACCCUUUCACCAUUGGAGCGACCAUCCUCUCUGUAACCAAAAAUAUCAAGGUUAUCAUCGCCCUCCGCCCAAACACCCUCUACCCUACUGUAGCCGCGAAGGCCCUUUCAACUCUGGAUCAGCUGAGCCGCGGCCGAGUCGUCGUCCACUUUAUCGCCGGAGGCAGCGAUGCCGAGCAAGCCAAGGAGGGCGACUUCCUGACUAAAGACCAGCGCUACGGACGUCUGGAAGAAUAUAUCAAAAUCCUCCGUCGCGCUUGGAAGUCCGAUGAGCCUUUCGACUGGGAGGGCGAGUACUACCAGUUCAAGCAAUUCAGCAACCAGGUUCGUCCAACCAACGGAGACAUCCCCGUUUCAGUUGGCGGAUCUUCCGACGAGGCAUACCGCAUCGGCGGCUCUCUCGCCGACAUCUUCGGUCUCUGGGGCGAACCUCUCAAGGAAACCAAACAGCAAAUUGAUCGUAUUUAUGCUGAAUCCGAUAAGGCCGGUCGCCCCGAGUCCGAUAGACCCCGUAUUUGGGUCACUUUCCGCCCCAUCAUUGCUGAGACUGAUGACCUUGCUUGGGCCAAGGCUCACGCCACACUCGAUGCGCUCUCGACUCAUCGGGCAAAUGGUCAAGGCAAGGUUCCAGCGAAUGCACCACCUCCCGAGAAUGUAGGCUCGCAGCGUCUACUGGAUAUCGCGGCCCGUGGGGAAAUUCAAGAUCGUGCGCUGUGGUACCCUACUGUUACUGCGACUAACGCGCGUGGCGCAUCUACUGCUUUAGUGGGAUCACCCAAGACCAUCACCGACUCACUGAUCGAUUAUGUGGAUCUCGGUGCGGAUCUGAUUUCCGUUCGUGGUUACGAUAACCUUCAUGACGCUAUCGACUAUGGACGCUUUGUGCUGCCUCGUGUGCGUCAGGUUCUGAAGGAGCGUGAGGAUGGCACUUCGGCUUGA